AUGAAGAAACACCAAUUCUGGAAGAAUCCAGUGGUUUUCCUUUUUCUUCUCAUCACUGUUUCUUCCAUACCUAUUCUCAUCAUCUCCUUUCUCCGAUUACCGGAAACACCUCAGAUCGCCGGUAAUCAUCUCUUUCUCCGGGAAAUUUCCGACGAAAUUGGAUUCUUCGGGAAGAUGAUGAUCGAAAUGCUACCUGAAGAUCUGGUUUUCACCGCCUUCGUACCGUCCGACAAAGCAUUCAGCCGAGAUCUGGGGCUGAAAUUAAACACUAGCCGCCCGAAAAAUCCUCACGGCUACGACGGCGGAGACAACACAUACGCCGUCGUAUCGAGGAUCAUGAGUUUCUCGGUGGUUCCUUACAAAGUCGAAGAGAGAGACAUAAGGAAAGACGAAACGGCGUCGUACGAGUCGUUGAGUGGUUUCACAGUGAAGAUUUGGAAGAAGAGAAAUGGCGGUGGACUUGUGGUCAACGGCGUGAAGACUGAGGAGAUCGGUUUAAAGAGAGGGAAGAUAGUCGUUCACACCAUUGACGGUGUGUUAAUGGAUUCUGAUUUUGCACAGUCCGUUGCUUCUUCCUCCGAAGAUGAUCCAUAG